GGAAACAACUGAACAGUCAAAGGCUGAAUGGGGAAGAAGGUCAUGCAUAUAGCCCAUUGGUUCAUUCAUGGCAGCUUAAGAUAUGAAUUGCAUUACCCAGAAUCCAACUCCACUGGGUAAUGAUUAAUGGAAAUGAAAGUGAAUCUUUUUUUGUUAUCUUCCCACAAAGUGGUAAGAAUUUUUGGCCCUGAAGGUCAAUAGUGAAGAAUACAUGUGAAGGACAAACACACUCGUCAAGAUAGAUUUGGAGUCGUCAGUGGCAGCAUGGACAGACGGAUGUUCUUUUGGAUAGUUUUGGAGCUUGUUGCUUCAACAUGCAGCUCUGCUUCUGUUUCAGAACGUUUUGUGGUUUCUGUUGGAGAUUCCAAGUCUGUGCGCCGUGGGGACACAGUCCUCAUGCCCUGCUGGCUCACCCCACCCCAAGACGCUGAGGAUCUGGAGGUCCGCCGGUAUCGUGAGGAGAAUGUUGACACUCCAGUCAUGAUUUAUAUUCCAGGAAGAGCUGAUAGGUUCUUCAUGGAUGGUUCAUUUGUCGGCCGAGUUUCAUUUGACGUAAAGGACUCAACGUCUGGAGGCAUGAAAACAGGCGACAUGACCUUAAAGCUGAUAAAUGUUACUAUUAAAGAUGAAGGGAAAUAUACUUGCUAUGUCAGCAGUCUGCAGGAACACGACAGUGGAAGUAUGAAUCUCUAUGUUACAGAAACAGGAAGCCUCCCUGUUCUGUCUGCAGUGUGGAGAGAAGACAACACGGUGAAUGUGAGCUGUGAAUCUGAAGGCUGGUUCCCUCAGCCUGAACUGCGCUGGUCAGAAGAUCCAGACAAAGACAGAGCGACGUUUGUCAGGGACUCCUCUGGUUUUAUCAGAGUCCACAGCUGGAUUCUGGUUUCAGCUUCAUCUGAGGUUUCAUGUUCAGUUGGUCUGCCCAACACAAAGGGCCUCGCAGUCAGACUCCACCUGGAAAAGAACAUACCACCUCCACCAGAGGACUUUGGAUUCAUAGGUGGAUGGAUUGCAUUCACAAUACUUCUAAUCAUUAUGAUCGUGAUGGUCAUUGGAUUCAUGUUUUACAGGAAGAAAGAGGAGAAAUCAGCUGAAUGUAUUGAAGCCAAGGAAUCAUCUGACUUUAUAGAAGAAAAAGAGCCACUUUUGCCUAAAGAGACGUCGCCGCCGACAGAUCUGUCAUCUGCUUCUCAGAAUUAUGUUAAUAUUAAACUGGAGAACACAAAUGAAUUUCUCAUGAUAAGAGAGUCGAUACUAAGAGACAAAUGGGGAAUAACUUUUCCAGAUGGAGAAAGAGUCACUUGUAUCACAGCUAUCAAAGGGACUCCAGGUUUCUCUCAUGGAAAACAUUACUGGGAAGUUUCUUUGAAGAAUCCAAAUAUUGAUGUCAAACUGUCCUGGUGGAUCGGAGUCACAAGUUCUCCUGAAAUCCCUCAAAAAGUUGAUUUCUCUCCAAACACUUUAAAUGGUUUCUGGUUCCUGUCUUCUUCCCCUGAAGAUGAAGGUCAUCUUCAGUUCAGCACUGUACCACAGGUGUGUGUACCUGUUCACUCCAGACCACAAACAGUGGGUGUGUAUCUGGAUUAUGAAAAGGGAGAGCUCUCUUUUUAUGAUGUGGACCGUAAGAGUUUCAUCGGAUCAUUGACGGCUGAAUUUAAAGGAAAAGUCUUUCCAUUGUUUAAUCCUGGAAAAGGUGACGAGUCAACUAUGAGGAUUUUACAAAGAACAGAGCAGAGUCAGAAUGUAGAUCCAGAUCCCAACAGGGAGACUAGUGCGCCAAAAGGAGAUGAAAGAUCUACAGCUGAAGAAGAUCAUGCUAAACCAUCUGCAGAUCCUUUAGGACAUUUUCAAAGUGUAGAUACUUCAGCUGCAGCUCCUCCUGAAGGACUUCAAGCUCCUGCUAUCCCUGCUGAUGGAUCCACAGCUGUAGCAGUAGAUCAUUCAGAUCAUCUUCUAGGUAUAAAAACUCCAACUGGAGCUCCACCCAAAAAACAAAAAGCUCCUCCAGUGUCUGCUGAUGGAUCUACGGCUGCAGCAGCAAAUCAUUCAUAUCAUCUUCUAUGUAUAAAGGCUCCAACUCUAGCUCCACUCGGAGGACAAAAAGCUCCUCCAGUGUCUGCUGAUGGAUCUACGGCUGUAGCAGCAAAUCAUUCAGAUCAUCUUCUAAGUAUAAAGGCUCCAACUCUAGCUCCACUCGGAGGACAAAAAGCUCCUCCAGCGUCUAUUGAGAGAUCUACUGCUCCAUCUCGAGAUCCAAAGGAGGACCCUCUAGGUAUAAAGGCUCCAACUCUAGCUCCUCUCGGAGGACAAAAAGCUCCUCCAGUGUCUGCUGAUGGAUCUACGGCUGUAGCAGCAAAUCAUUCAGAUCAUCUUCUAAGUAUAAAGGCUCCAACUUUAGCUCCACUCGGAGGACAAAAAGCUCCUCCAGUGUCUGCUGAUGGAUCUAUGGCUGUAGCAGCAAAUCCUUCAUAUCAUCUUCUAGGUAUAAAGGCUCCAACUCUAGCUCCUCUCGGAGGACAAAAAGCUCCUCCAGUGUCUGCUGAUGGAUCUACAGCUGUAGCAGCAAAUCCUUCAUAUCAUCUUCUAAGUAUAAAGGCUCCAACUCUAGCUCCACUCGGAGGACAAAAAGCUCCUCCAGUGUCUGCUGAUGGAUCUACGGCUGUAGCAGCAAAUCAUUCAGAUCAUCUUCUAAGUAUAAAGGCUCCAACUCUAGCUCCACUCGGAGGACAAAAAGCUCCUCCAGUGUCUAUUGAGAGAUCUAUUGCUCCAUCUCGAGAUCCAAAGGAGGACCCUCUAGGUAUAAAAACUCCAACUGGAUCUCCACCCGGUGGACAAAAAGCUCCUCCAAUGUCUGCUGAGGGAUAG